UGUGGUGUUUAUUUUGGUGUAACACACCUGUCAUGGCUGUCUGUCCUCACGUUCUCGAAGCAAAGUUACCUCCUCUGCUGCAGCAUUAUUAGUAUGUUUUAUUGUCCAGGUAGAUGUGAUGUCGGAUAAACGUCAGCGUGCCAGAGUCCAGGGCUCCUGGGCCAAACCACUGCCCAAACAACCAAGACCAGCAGGUGUUGUUCCGAACACAGAGCAUUGCCAAAUUGCAAUUCCGGCUCCUGCUUCUUGGGGAAUUCGUCCGCAGGCAACAUGUGGAAAUUUUGAAUUUCACCAGCCCAGCUUUUCUUCUUCACAGCCAAAUAGAGAAGUUCCACCUGAGAAAGUUAUUGACCAGGCAGGUGUUUAUGAGAUCAGCCACGGACCAUCAGGAGUCUCCAGACUGCAGCUACUGCCCGGCUUUCUUCCCGCCCAGGAGGCUGACUGGAUGUUCAGUAAGCUGCUGGCAGAGCUUCCCUGGUCUCAGAAGACCAACAUCAGACAAGGUGAGGCCUACAUGGAGCCAAGACUGACGUGUUGGUUUGGAGAGUUGCCAUACACGUACGCUCGCUCCACCAUGGCUGCCAACACAAAGUGGCAUCCAUUGCUGUUAACCCUUUGUGAAGCCAUCGCCAAGGUAAGCGGCCGCCACUUCAACUCGCUGCUGUGCAAUCUGUAUCGCGACGGCCACGACAGCAUCGGCUGGCACAGCGACGAUGAGGCUUCGCUGGGUGCCAAGCCCACCAUCGCCUCUCUGAGUCUGGGUGACACCAGAGUGUUCAGCCUCCGCAAGCAGCCACCUCCGGAGGAAAAUGGUGACUACACCUACGUGGAGCGGAUCAGGGUUCCUCUGGGUCAUGGCACACUGCUCUUGAUGGAAGGAGCCACGCAGGAUGAUUGGCAGCAUCAGGUGGCUAAGGAGUACCAUGACCGAGGCCCUCGUAUCAACUUGACCUUCAGAAGUAUCCACCCUGAACCAGAGGGCCACCGGCCGGGCACCAAGCUGCGAUUCACUGCAAAGCAGGAAUGAACUGUCGUCCUUGAGGUAAAACUUAAAAUGACAGACGACAGAUUUUCUUUGUUCUGCUUCCUCACUGAACCGUGAACACAACACUGGCUGUUGUAUAAACACAAAAAUGGCUGAUAACAAAGUUUUGGAGGUGAAAUACAGUGUCAUUUUGUGCCACACAUUUAUCUAAAACUGUAUUUUCUAAUAUUUGAUAAAGUCUUGAGUUUGUGUCAAAGUUCUAUGUGGUUAAAGUGGUAAUGAUAAAAGAAAAUAGCAUCUUGCAACAGGUUUAUCAUACAAAUAUCUGUGUGUUGUGUUUGCACAACAGAGUUGCUUUUGUUCCGGGAUCCCAAAGAGCUGAGAUGUUAAGGAACCAUUGUUGUAACUGUACACUAAAAAUGAUAGCAUUUGUUGUUUGGUUGUGAAAGCCCUGUUUUCACCAACGAAUAAAGUUUGGCACAUAAGCAUUUUUUUGCUGUUUAAUAGCAGUGUUUCCCUUGCCAUUAUAUUAAAAGGUCAAGUUAAUUUACUUUAAUGUAAUUUUAUUUUUUUUAUAUAGCACCAGAUAGGGAUUGGUGAUAUGGCCAAAAAUCCAUAUUGCAAUGUACAUUGCAUUACUAAACAAUAUAUAUCACAAUAUAUUUUUUGGAAUAUAAAUGAUAAUAGAACCAUAUGACAGAUUGAUACAUUAGGCCUUAAGGAAAUCCAAACUGUUGACACAGGAUUUCCAUUGAGGUUGCCUGACUUGGUAGUAAGGCUCCCCAGGGAGAUUUUGUGCAGCAGGUUGACUUUUUUUGUGCAGUUGGAGGAUUGUUAAGGUAAUGAGUUAAUGAGGAGGAGCACCAGCCUCUCUACAGUAAUUGGCGCCACUCUUUUUGUCAGUGGAGGUAAAAGUGAGAAACCCUGCUGUUCCUCUAAUGGCUCCUUCAUGUCGGGGUCACCAGCAGCCCGGGUUGGGACAUUUUGUGCCGGAAGAUAACACAACACCACCGCUGAGUGUGAAACAUUGAACACAGACAGAACCUUCGUGUUUUUAAGAAAGCCGGUACUUACACCUGCUUACCAUUCACUGGCUGUUGUUGUGAUCCACAAUUGCAGCUUCAAAACCACUUAUUGGACCUGAGGCCAAGUCAUGAAGACACUAAUGUCAGCUGCUCAAAACAAUGUAGUGACUUUGCAGCUAAUUUAAAUCUAUCCAUACAGAAAGAUCCAGAAGUGAGCAUUGAGGGAAUGCAGACCUUUAUAUUAAACAUCUAGAACAGACAUGGGCAAACUAUGGCUUCCAGGCCAUAAACGGUCCCUUAAGCUUUUUAACCUGGCCCGCUGAAUGUUUCCUGACAAUUUUUAAAAAAUGUAACAGGGUAGGUGUAGUCGGCAAUAGGAUUUACAAUACUAUGCAAGACCAUAAGUGUUGAACUAUCAAAGCUAUUCCAAUAAUUUUUGAAGGUACUCUGCGCUAUCUAUGCUAACAGGUCAUUAUGGUAAUCAUAGAGACUGCGUCAAAGCAGCUCCAGGGAGAUGAGGCAUUGAUGCAAAGCAGAGUAGGGGAUUGUGUGACGGAGAGGCACAGAGAAACAAGCUUUCUUCGACAGAAAACAAAUCCUUUUUUUUCUUACUUUUUUUUACGUCAUUCGCCUUGUUUGUUGCAUUUUUGCUGUGUUUUUGCUUGAUUGCUAAAAAUGUCUAGGGUCGUCUGAGAAGUAAACAAGGAGGGACAUUCACAUACUGUCAAUGUCGAUGUGCUUUGAUUUUUCAUUAACCGGCGCUGGAAAAAGUUUGGACAUGUUGAUUAAGGAUCAAAAUAUCUGAAAAAUUAGCACUUUCCAAUUUAGUUCCCUUAUUCAUUUGGAAUUUAUCAUAUUUAAACAGUCCUGUAACAGUUAGUUAAAGCUUAGUAAGGUGUUAACAAAACCCUCACAAGGGCACCUUUUUAAAAGUGGUGCUCACUGUGAAUGAAAAUAAUUUUUAUGACAGUAUUAAUUUGUUAAUACAGUAUAUGGCAGUCGGGAAUUUUCCCCGCAGACAAGUGGAGGUAAUAGACUUCCAGUAUCAGCAGUGCUGGACUGUCCUGCUUCUGUUUUGGGUAAAGCAGCUUGGGGUGAAGCAAACAAGCUUCCCAGCAGCCAAACACAUCCUUCCAGAAGCCAUCAGCUGCUGCCAUGAGCUGGAAAAACUUCCAUUUACCGGAGUUCCCCCCGGCUCUCUCCAGGGCCAAAUUAGGCUUUAAUCCAGCCACGUUCCUGCCUGGUCUGCUUACCUUUGCCAGCUGUUGUGGAGGCGUCUCACUGAGCUGGAGACAACUGAGGGGCAACCAAGAAUACAUGAGUGCAGUUGUUACAUAAUGGUAUCAUUAGGUAGGAAGCUUCCAUUGAUUUGAUGAACUUUAAUUUGGGGGCCAUUUGUUAUGAUGACAAAUAAUGAGAUGAUCAUGUGAAAUAUCUCAUUUGUUAUGGAAGCUUCAUGUAAACAGGCUGAUACAAUAGGUUGUAAAGAAACCACACACGCACAGACAGUACGGACAGUAAAUGUGUGUGUUUUAAGUGCUGUGUGAAGUCAUGCUGUGAUUUGCUGGGAAGUUGCUCUGAGAACGAGCUGACCGAUUUGGACCGGCCCAAACGCCUCCCCCCGUCCCUCUUCCUCCCACAUCUCUCCUCCUUCUCCUGUUCUCCCCCCUCUGUGUCCCAUCAUCAUCAUCAUCAUUUGUCCUCUUUUAUGCAGCUUGUUGAAGUGGCCAAGUAUACCGUGUGCACUGUGUACUUAGUUCCUGAGUGCACCAAUUUUGACAGUGUGGUGCUGUCCCAAAUCAAUUCCCGUCGUUGCACACGCACCCAAAAUGACCAUUGCAAUAUACACUACACCUUUGUCUGCUCUCCUUUUAAUGGCAAAUUACAACCGUUCAAUGGAGCAUUAUCGCCAACACAUGGAUUGCUCCAAAAAAUAUUUUUUCCAUUCUCCAUUUUACAAUAAUUAAAAAUGAAUAUUUUAUUACUUUAUCUGGUCUCCCCUUCUGAUACGUAGCCAAGAUGUCGACUAUUGAGGGUGGUAAAUGUCCAGCACCAUUUUCAAUGCAACAUCCAGUGCACUGCAUUUUGUUGUACUUCUCAGUGUAAGCACACUUAUACACUCAAGUAUGCACAGAAGUUUGAGACACAACACAAGUGGUAUCCUGGGCUGCUAAGCUAACGAUCAGCUAAAUCAGGCUUGUCGUUUAUGCUACAGUGCCGGCGUAAGUGAUGCUGACUUGCUCGUCCCCCUCCAAACCCUCCGUCACGUGCAUCUCCAAAAAAUUUAACCCCGUGUCAGUGGUGAAGUGGAGCACAGAACUAUGAUUGCCUGGCUUUUUUAGUACAUCAUAGCCGUUUUUUCCCCCCUGCGAAAACAAAAGAGACCUCUGCCUUGACUUGCUCAGGGUUCGCGAACAUAUUCUCCUCAACUUUCGGCGCAACAUGUACAAUAAAAGUGACCGUUGUUUCAUGAAGAAUAGUUACAGCUCCAACAAACAAUCUGAAUGUCUCUUUAAAAGCUGCCAUGAGGAAGCAGAAGAGCCAGUCAACAGAGUUGUUUACUCACACUCAGGAAAACACUGCCCCUUGUGUUGUGACAGUGAAUUGCACAUCACUAGAUCACAAACAAAGCUGUCCAAGCAAAAUAUAGUAAUCCCUUGUUUAUCACGGUUAAUUGGUUCCAGACCCGACCAUGACAAGUGAGUUUCCGUGAAGUAGGAUUUUUUAUUCAUAAAUGGAAUAUUUUCAUAGUUAGAGCACAGAAAGCACGUUUCCAACCUUGUAAAUAUUGUUUGUAAUGUUAUUACAGCCCUCUAGACAUGAAAUAACUUCCGUUUGGGCAUCUCUAUGUGGAGUUUGCAUGUUCUCUCCGUGUGCGUGGGGUUUUCUCCAGGUACUCCGGUUUCCUCCCGCAUUCCAAAAACAUGCAUGUUAGGUUAAUUGACGACUCUAAAUUGUCCAUAGGUAUGAAUGUGAGUGCGAAUGGUUGUUUGUCUAUACUGUAUGUGCGACCAGUCCAGGGUGUACCCCGCCUCUCGCCCAAAGUCAGCUGGGAUAGGCUCCAGCAUACCCCCGCAACCCUAAUGAGGAUAAGCAGCAUAGAAAAUGGAUGAAUGGACACUUACCCAAUACAGUACACAUAAUAAGAGAAAGUAAGACAUAUAAGGCAUAAAUAAGACAUAAUAUAGACUCACACGUUAGCAUUGGGAGAGUUCCUUGUUGCUGUUUUUACUUUGGGUUUCUGUACAGUACUUCCAGUGGUGGCUAUUGUCUCAUCAAUGUAACAUUACUGACACCCAUUCAGCGUCUUUGAAUGCAUCUUCUGAUUGACUUAUAUUUGUAUUUCAGUUAUUUAGUCGUUUUUAAACUUGAGCAAUGUUUUAUUAAUGAAUAUAUUAAAUACUGAGCAAAGUUGGGGAAUUCGAAGAAUGAUAUGGCGAGGUAUUAUUGUAGUGUGAUAUCUAAUAAUAUAUCUCAUUAAGAAUUAAUUUUAUUUUUACAAUAUGUGGAGCGUCAAUAAAUGGUCCCUGGGCUGCACUUUAGACACAUCUGACCUAAGCUAACAAGGAAGGCUACAUUGAUCAGACGUUUACUUGAGUGCGUCUGUCCAGGGAGGUUUCUUACCUGCCCUCAAGAUGGCGCAAUUCUCACACUAUCAUGAGCUAUUGCUCUAUGUCGCAGCAAGAGUGGUAUUGAUUUUGAUGGUUUGUCCCAAACAAAUGCUUAUAUAGCUGAGGGCAAAGCUCCAGAUGUUAGAUCGUCUCAAAGUUUUUACUGCUGUUUCCCCAGAUUGUCAGUUCUUUGACAAAGAGGAACAGGAAAUGGUUUUGCAGUGAGCUCAGUGCUAUGUAACGUCUGAAUACCAUCAAACAAUUUGUGUUUAAAAGCAACAUCAGCCUGCAUUGAAUGUGUAAGUGUAUUUUAAGGGUGCCCCUUUCUAAUUUUGGAAUAACGGACAAGAUGACCUCAGUCAGUGUUUGUGACAUCCACCCGCUGCUUGCCUUGGGAAAGCCAGCUGCCACUCAUGUCAUGUAACACGCCAUCAGAGGACAUUUAGCAGGGAAAGACUUGGUUGGAUGUGUUACUCUUAAGAGUCAUGUUUUUGUGCAGCAGCAAGCACAGCCUCCCUGCCUGAGGAAAAGAAGCUGCCUAAUCGUCGUCUAUACCUUGAUAUCGCCUAUACUGUAUAUUUCACAAUUAAAUUCAACUUUAUACAGCGUGGAAUAAUCAUAUGAAAAAGAGAGGUGUGAAAAAGUGUUUGCCCCUUCCUGAUUUAUAUUUUUGCAUGUUUGUCACACGUAAAUGUGACAAACAAAUUUAAACAUUAGUCAAUGACAACACAACUGAACAUAAAACAUAAAGGUUUUUAAAUGAAACUUUUUAUUAAUAAGGGAGAAAAAAAUCCAAACCUACAUGGCCAUGUGUGAAAAAUAGAAUGCUCACUAAACCUAAUAACUUGUGGGGCCACCCUUAACAGCAACUGCAAUCAAGCACUUGAGAUAACUUGCAAUGAGUCUCUUACAGCGCUGUGGAGGAAUUUUGGCCCACUCAUCUUUGCACAAUUGUUGUAAUUCGGCCUCAUUGGAGGGUUUUCCAGCAUGAAGCGCCUUUUUAAAGUCAUGCGACAGCAUCUCAAUUGGAUUCAGGUCAGGACUUUGACUAGGCCACUCCAAAGUCUUUUUGUUUUUCUUCAGCCAUUCAGAGGUGGACUUGCUGGUGUGUUUUGGAUCAUUGUCCUGCUGCAGAACCCAAGUUGGUUUCAGCUUGAGGUCAGCAACAGAUGGCUGGGCAUUCUCCUUCAGGAUUAUUUGGUAGACAGCAGAAUUCAUGGUUCCUUUUAUCACAGCAAGUCGUGAAGCAGCAAAACAGCCCCAGGGCCAUCACACUACCAUCACCAUAUUUUACUGUUCGUGUGAUGUUCUUUUUCUGAAAUGCGGCAUCACUUUUUCACACAGGGCCAUGUAGGUUUGGAUUUUUUUCUCCCUUAAUAAUAAAGUUUCAUUUAAAAACUGCAUUUUGUGUUAAGUUGUGUUGUCAUUGACUAAUAUUUACAUUUGUUUGGUGAACUGAAGCACUUAAGUGUGACAAACGUGCAAAAAAAAAGCAAUUAGAAAGGGGGCAAACACUUUUUUACACCACUGUAAAUGCUUACUUAAUUACUAAUCAUUGUACACACAGUGUGGAAGCACAAUAAUGUGUGUUAAUCAAAAGUGAGUCAUUAUUGUCUUGGUAAAGAUAUCUCAUUAAAUUGAUAUAAUUGGUUAAUGACAAGCAUCAACAGGGGUUGUUUUUAACUUUUUGGCUGUGUUGUACAAACAGUGCAUACUUCCCACUCUCCAAGUUUAUAAAUAACUCAUGUCUCCCUGCUGUGUCGUACAGGUCUCAAGGGGGGGUGUAUAUGGGCAAGUCUGUCUAUUUGUUUACACAAGACGGGGGCAAACACGCUGCAACGUCCAAACACUCCGAACACAGAAAUGAUACAAAACCAAAAACACACAAACACCAUAAAUCAAAUACAAUGGAGAAAUGCUGCAAAUGAAAAACGAUGGAAUCACAUAAAUGUUGCAAGAUCAAAAACAACUGCAUGAGAGAAAUGCUGCAAAUUCACAGAACAAAACUGAAGUUUACCACAUUUAUCCCAGUCAAUGUCCAGUCUUCUGUGUCCUGUCUUCUGUUUUGCAAUCUAAUAAUAAUAACUUGGAGGGAAAAAAAGCACAAAAAAUUCCUUGAAUGAUGUAGGGUUGGAUUUUGAAUUUACUACGACAGCAGACCUCGCAAGCUUGAACACAACCUUUGAUUUGUUUGAAUUUUUAAACCAAUUUUAAUCAUUUAUAAGCAAUCAAAGGCAGGUUUUGCGGCUAAUAUGUCGUCAUGGUAACAUAUUACAGGUGUAACAUGCAUGCCUGUAUGCAUGAUUUGAGACUUCCCAGUUCGGGUCCUCUCCGCCCUCGUCCUGACAUUUGGGUUACCGUGGCGACAGAGGCGUCCCCGCAGCUGGCAGGAAUGAGGCCUGUCGUGUGUUCUUCACCUCCAUAGAAGCUUUGGCCGACACGCUCAAUCCUUUACUCUUAUGUUUUGGUCUUCUACUGUUACAAGGCUGAAGAGAGCGUGGUUUUUCAAAAUGCCACAUUGUCUUACAGAUUUGAUUACCUUAUUUAGAUUAUUAUGUUAGUAAUGUGGUAGUAUGAUAGUAAAUAACCUACUAAAUAUCUUCCUGCACUGAAAUCUACUUUCUACACCAGUGGUGUCCAUAGUGCGACUCGGGGGUCAUUUUGGGGUUGCAGCUCAUUUUUCAUUGGCUCUCUGCAUUUUGAAGAAAUAAAAUAAUUCAUGUUUAAUGAGCUAUAUUAUGUGAUGUUACACAAAUUAUUUGCUUUGUCGCCUGCACAGCGGAUCCCCACACAUUGGGAUUCAGCAUUCACAUGAGCCCCGCAAAUUCACUGAAAAAAAACUGGACAAAAAAAUAGUCUGCAAAAAAAUAAAUAAAAACAUGUAAUUCUUUUGACAAAAAAUGUGCAAAUAGGCGAGAGAUCUGUUGUGUACCAUGAGCAAAAUUGUCAUGAAGGGUCACAUGAUUGGGCAGCCACUGUGACGUCGGAUUUUCUUAAAAUAGAUGGAGGUGGCAUUAAAGUGUGCAUCAAUGUGACUUACAGCUCAAUGAGUGUGUGAGACACAAACUGUGCUAAAGCCAUCUUGUCAUUCCUAAGGACGCCAUAGCCGAUGAUGUCAUCAGCUCACAUCAAGUACACACAGUAACUCGUUGUGUGUUUGUGUGUGUGUGUGUGUGCAUGCGUGACACUGAUUGUCAUUUUACUCUACUGGACACAUUGUGUCAGUAUUUCUGACACAAACUUUUUCUUUUUUUAUGUUUUCUGGAUUGUUUCCUUCCUACAAAUAUUUCAAUCAUCCUGCUUGCACUUGAUACCCAUGUGUAUAUUUUGAGGGGGGUGA